AUGGAAUCCUCUUCAAAGCCGUCAAGGAGGAAGAGCCUCAUGUUGGGAAACUUUGUACAUAGCCAGACGCCUGAAGAACUAAAGUUCUUUCUCGACGCAGCAAUUGCCGUCGACGAGCGAGGAAAGAUUGUCGGCAUCGACGACGACUCGGCCGAUGUCCACGCAGCCAAGAAGCAGCUGCUGUGCCGUCUACGCUGGCACGAGCACGAUGUAGACGUCUACUCCUGCAAACGCGGGCAAUUCUUCUUCCCCGGCUUCAUAGAUACACACGUCCACGCCUCUCAAUAUCCCAUUGUGGGCGUGUUUGGCGAAUCGACCCUUAUACACUGGCUGCAAACAUAUGUCUUUCCCUGCGAGGAGAGGUUCAGCGACGAGAAAGUUGCACAGCAAGUGUACACGGCGUGUGUACAGCGGACUCUGGCCCACGGCACCACCACGGCCGCCUACUACGCCACUACCCAUGUGGCUGCGACAAAUUUGCUGGCCAAGAUCUGCUUCCAUCUGGGCCAGCGGGCGUUUAUCGGUCGGGUGUGCAUGGACAGGGACGGGGACUUGAGUCCUGAGGGCCUCCGAGAUCCAUCGAGCCAGGAGGCUCUCAGCAGAACCAGGAAGGUGAUUGAGUUUAUUGACGACCUGGACCCCGAUUACGAUCUUGUUUCGCCUAUUCUCACGCCUCGGUUCGCGCUGUCUUGCACUCCCGAGGCCAUGAAUGGGCUGUCCGAGAUGCACCGCAAGCUGCAUCUGCCGAUACAGACACACAUCUCUGAGAAUCCGCUUGAGAUAAAAGACGUUGCCGACAUGUAUCCAGAUACGGGAUCGUACGCAAAGGUAUAUGAUACGUACGGUCUGCUGACGCCUAAGACAAUUCUUGGACACUCUGUGCACUUAAGCGAGGGCGAGGCUAGACUUAUUCGUGAACGCAAGUCCAAGGUAUCCCAUUGUCCCUGCAGCAACUCUGCUCUUGGGAGCGGCGAGGCUCGCGUACGCUGGUUAUGGGACAGACACAUCGACGUUGGGCUGGGGACAGACAUGAGCGGUGGAUAUAGUCCGUCUAUCCUGGAGGCGGCAAGGCAGGCCGUGCUCGUCAGUAGACACCUGGCCAUGAAAGCCCCGGAUAACGAGACACGCAAAAAGGUCAACCUCUCGGUUGCGCAGGUCUUGUAUCUGGCCACGAGGGGCGGCGCCAAGGUGGUCGGUCUGGAGGAUAAAGUCGGUGGGUUUGAAGUAGGCAAGGACUGGGAUGCGCAGCUUGUGGGGUUGCAUGUCGUUGGUGACCACAAAGAAGGGCGCCACAAGGAUCAUGGAAAUGUAGAUUUGUUUGAAUGGGACUUGUGCAACUGGAAGGAUAUCGUGGCGAAGUGGAUGUACAACGGCGAUGACCGCAACACCAAGAUUGUCUGGGUCAAGGGCCGCCAGGUGCACUCGAGGCCAUGUUGA